AUGACUGUCUCUCCAACAGCCCCCAGCUCUGCGCAGGCGCAUCUGGGAGGCACCCCCGCCUCAUUCAAUAAAGAAUCGAUCCCACAAUCGAGAGAAAUGGGGGACGUCAUUCCGAAUCGAACACCACCAGUCAGCGAAGAGAAGCCUGAAGCGAAGCCAUUCGCGCACUUCGUCGCCGGAGGGUUAGGAGGAAUGACCGCUGCCACUCUUACCUCGCCGCUGGACGUCUUGAAGACGCGCCUGCAAUCCGAUUUCUACCAGACGCAACUCCAAACGUUGCGCGCUUCGAAGCCUGCACCCGCUCCGUCCUCUAAUACCCUGGUUCACCUCACCCGGACGGCGGGCAUGCACUUCAGUGAAACAUUCCAGAUCCUCCGCUCGAUACAUGUUCACGAAGGGUGGCGCGCGCUGUUCAAGGGACUGGGGCCGAACCUGAUCGGCGUGGUCCCGGCUCGCGCCAUCAACUUCUACGUGUAUGGAAACGGAAAACGGAUACUGAGUGACUAUUUCGGCUACCGAACCGCCGAGCAGACUCCUAUGGGCAUUCACCUCGCGGCAGCAUCGAUUGCCGGCAUCGCCACGGGAACAGCGACGAACCCGAUCUGGCUUGUGAAAACACGGUUACAACUGGACAAAUCGAAUGCGGAGCAUGGGAAGAGCCGGCAAUACCGCAACAGCUUCGACUGUAUCAAGCAGACUGUGCGCCACGAAGGCAUCAAGGGCCUCUAUCGUGGCCUCUCUGCUUCCUACCUGGGAGUGACCGAGUCGUCGCUCCAGUGGGUGAUGUACGAGCAAAUGAAAAUGUAUCUUGCUCGUCGUGAUGCUCUCAAGAAGUCUGAUCCGGGCUACGAAUACACCUCGUGGGACUCCGCGGAGCUGUGGGGUGGCCGCAUCAGUGCUGCCGGUCUGGCCAAGCUGGUCGCGGCUGCGAUCACUUAUCCUCACGAGGUCGUGCGCACACGUCUGCGCCAGGCACCGACCGUCUCUUUGGGCAACGGCAAGGUUGAAAUGAAAUACACUGGUUUGGCUCAGUGCUUCAAGACUGUCUGGAAGGAGGAGGGCAUGGUCGCCAUGUAUGGCGGCCUGACACCUCACUUGCUUCGCGUCGUGCCUUCUGCUGCGAUCAUGUUUGGAAUGUAUGAGUUUAUUCUGCGCGUUUUCGGCACGACUUCAUAA